GGUUGGUAUUUCAUACCAAUCCAUUGUGUUAUUAUUACAAAAUUUUCUCACUUUGUUGCAACUUGGUAUAUUCAGCAAAGAAAUACGAAAGUCGCACUUAUUCGUGAAUUAUCGAUUUGAUAAAAUUCGGUCCUGAGAUCUUUCUAAGUUUUGCUACGGUAAAUGCUCUGCCUGCGUUUUUAAAAUGAUGACAAUCACCAAAUUACCUGGCGCUACAUUGCUGAUUUUAGCUUUAAUCAACGUUUGUGUUGUAAAUGGAGUAAUCGAAUCAAAUUCGACUGAAGAUAACAUGCCAAGAAGGUUUUUGGAAUGUGUAGACAUGAUCAGGACACCUGGGUUUUGGACGUUUGAGCAGACAGAAGUCGAAAGCGAAAUGUGCGCGGUGUAUCUGAUCGCCGACCCAGAUGAAGUAAUUAUAGUGACAAUCACAGAUUUCGAAGUCGAUUGUUUGGGUGGAGAAUUCGUUGAAGUUUUUGAUGGGUGGCUGAGUGGUGGCCAAGUCAUGCCCAGCGAAUAUGACCACGAGAAAAUGAUGCAUGAGAGGCUGGCACAAGCUUGCAACGAUGGUGAAAGUUUACAAAGUUUAACCAUGAAAACAUCGCAGAAUUUUGCUCUCGUACAAUUGUGGUUGGAGGUCGGUAAACGUUUGACCUUGAAAUUUGACAAGGUCAAAACUGAUUCACCUUGUAAUGCUAUCUCACCUUCUGCAUAUGGACAAUAUAUAAUGCGCUAUGCCGGGAAUGAAAUGCGAAACUGCACAUUUUCUGUCUUUUACCCUUCACGAGUUACGCUCAGUUCCUUGAAUAUUGGAGUUACUGCGGAUACACAAAACGAAAGAUCGAUCAAUAGCAUGAGCAAAGUGCCGAACGAAGGAUCAUUGAGUCAAAAUGAAAAUUUUGAUGGGUAUUCCAUGAGUCACACUGAUAAAGACGAAGGGAACACCAUUGAUUACGAACUGCUUAAAGAAAAUGGGAACACAUUAUAUGAUAAACUGUUCGUGCUGAGCGGAAGCCAUAUGCAAUUCAAUGAUAAUUUAAUUGCGACCCACCAUGGACCGAAACAAGAUAAUGGUUGCCACGUUUACAACCUUACCGAUAACCACUCAGCAGUGAAAAUGCUGUCAUCCGGACAACAUCAAAAUGAAGUCACCAUAACUUACUCAAGAUUGCAGAUUGAAUUCCCAUGAGAUGGCAGAUUCUGAAAUAGAUUUUAUUUGCGGUAGAUUGUAUAUCAGGUGUUUUCAAUCUUUGUUCUGCUGUUUAUGGAUUGCAAAUUUCAAAGUGCAAAUUUAGCCCUGGCUGAUAACCCCUGCUGUAUAUAUUUCAACAUUAGACAUGUCAUUUUCACGUUUUAAAAGUAAAAAUAAAUACAUUAUAUA